AUGCUGCGCGCCCUCGCCACCCGCAGCGUCUCCCUCCUCCCCCCGCGCGCGCGCUUCGCCGCCGCGCGCGCGCAGCCCCUCCGUCCCCUCGCGACGGAGAGCAAAGCGGACGGCUCAGCCGACGCGCCUGCCCCUCCGAACGCCGAGCCUCGCUCUGACCCCGCCGCGGCCCCCCCGUCGGACGAGCCCGCGACCCCGCCCGAGCCCGUGUCCGCGGAGGAGCACCUCGCCAACCAGCUGCAGGAGAAGGAGCAGGAGCUGGCCGCGCUGAACGACCGCACCCUGCGCGUGCUCGCCGAGAUGGAGAACGUCCGCAUGAUCGCCCGCCGCGACGUCGACAACGCCAAGAAGUACGCCGUCCUCCCGUUCGCUAAGGGCCUGCUCUCCGUCGCCGAUAACCUCGGCCUCGCGCUCAAGGCCGUGCCCGAGGACGCCCUGCACGACCCGCACAACCACCAGCUGCAGGGCCUGUACACCGGCGUCGCCGCCACAGAGGCGGAGCUGCUCAAGGUUUUUGCCCAGCAUGGCAUCACCAGGUUCGGAGAGGUCGGCGAUCAAUUCGAUCCUAAUAAGUAUCAGGCCGUUUUCGAGGCUCCUUCCCCGGACCAUCAGCCAGGGACCGUUAUGGAUAUCACCAAGCUUGGAUACACUAUUGGUGAUAGAAUACUCAGGCCGGCCGAGGUCGGAGUUGCAAAGGCUCCAUAA